AUGCCUGUGAAUUUACUGAAUACCCGCAGUUCUGUAACAGAUGAUGCUUCGCGGUCUGUAACUCACAGUCGUCGUCCUUCGGGCGUUGCUUCAAACAUUGUUGCAAUCUCUCCAGAGCAACAAAUGGCUGACGUUGUUUCCCGUCAUUUGGUAAAUCCAUCUGACAAACCGUCUUCAGACUCUUUCAAUCCUUUACAACUACAAGGUGGUGACAUUACGCGCGAGCUCUAUCGCUGGCAAGAUCAUAAUCAAGAGGCUGCAGUAUCGGACAAUCAACCGGGACGACUCGAAGCCCCCAGACAUAGACGUUCCAUCAGUUUUUCGGGAAGUGUAAGGUCCCACGGCUCGAUUCCUAAUACAGAAAUGUCCGCAGAACAGAUCAGAGCUCCUCAGGGUUUCCGCCGAAGUUUUCUGGUCCAAAAAAGCCUUCAAGAAGGUGGACAUAUACCUACUUUUGUUGCCCGUAAUUUCUUCGAGUUUUUAACGCUGUAUGGCCAUUUUGCUGGCCAGGAUUUGAGUGAAGAUGAAGACGAGGAUAUAGACCAGGAUCAGGACGUAGCAGAAGACGAAGAAACGGCGCUUGUUGGAGAAAGUCCUGCUAAACGCCGUGCUGCCCUACGAGCUGCGCGUCGCGAAUCUCACAAGUCAUCAACUUUCAAGGCCGUGCUGCUAUUGGUGAAGUCGUUCGUCGGUACUGGUGUGUUAUUUCUACCCCGUGCCUUCCACAAUGGUGGCUGGGCUUUCUCUACUUUUUGCUUACUGCUGUGUGGCAUAGUGUCCUACUACUGUUUUGUUAUUUUGAUAAGCACGAAGAACAAACUAAAUGUAAAAGGAUACGGUGAUCUCGGUGGAUCUGUAUAUGGCCAUAAGAUGGAACUUGCGAUUCUAGGAUCUAUUGUGCUAUCACAAAUAGGAUUUGUUGCCGCAUACGCUGUCUUUACAGCAACCAACUUGCAGGUUUUUUUCGCAAAUGUCUUCCACUGGGAAUACUCGUUGACUUUCUGGCUUCUGGUACAAUUGGCUUUGUACCUUCCACUGUCUCUCACCAGGAAUAUUGCAAAGCUUAGCGGAACGGCUUUGUUAGCGGAUUUGUUCAUCCUGCUCGGGCUUUUGUACGUUUACUACUAUUGUGGGCAAUUUGUGGUUCACCAUGGUAUCGCUUCAGAGUCUAUGUUGGUUUUUAACAAAAACGAUUGGACUUUAUUUAUUGGAACUGCCAUUUUCACUUACGAGGGCAUUGGGCUUCUGAUUCCAAUCCAGGAAUCGAUGAAACAUCCUGAAAAAUUUAACAAGUGUUUGUUUGGCGUUAUGGCUUCUGUCACGAUAAUAUUUGUUAUGUGCGGCUUGUUGUGCUACUCGGCAUUUGGCGACCGUGUGAAAAUUGUUAUCCUGCUAAAUUUCCCACGCGAUUCAGCAAUGACUGCAACUGUUCAGCUGCUAUACGCUUUGGCAAUUCUACUCUCUACACCCUUACAGCUUUUCCCCACGAUCAGAAUCUUGGAGACUAGCAUCUUCCCUAAGAAUGCCUCCGGCAAGUACAAUCCACGCGUGAAGUGGCUCAAGAAUUACUUUCGUGUGGCUGUUGUUCUCGCUAAUAUGGGGAUCGCGUGGCUUGGUGCUAACGAUCUUGACAAAUUUGUAUCGUUGGUUGGUAGUUUUGCUUGCAUUCCGCUCAUCUACAUAUACCCACCACUGCUGCACUACAAGGCUUUCUCGAAGGGUGAGGCCCCUAAGUCACUGCUGGCCAUUGACCUCGCAAUUGCUAUCUUUGGGACUUGUGUCAUGACCUAUACCACUUAUCAAGCGGUAUAUCUGUGGUUUGUUUGA